CUCCCGUGUGCGCUGUCCUAUCCGCUGUGCGCUCUGGAUAAUGUCCUCCCCCCUCCUUCGCUCCGCUCUCCUCCUCACCGCGCAGAGCUCGACGCGCACAGCCACAACAGAUGGUACAGUACUACCGACCGCAGGAGCGCAAGAAUUUCAUGUAGAAGUACUUUUAUUUAUCUAAACUUCAUAGAAACGUUUAGUAUAGCGGGAGUAGGGAGCGGGUUUUCCGAGGACAAACUCGAAUUUGAGAGUCACAGGAUCCUACGUUUAGAGGCGGAAUUUGGUGUCAGGGUCAGGAGCUGCCAUGCCAUUUGGCUGUUUAACAAUCGGAGAAAAGAAGGAUUAUAACAAUCCUUCAGAUGUGACAGAUAAAUAUGACCUGGGCCAGCUCAUCAAAUCGGAGGAGUUCUGUGAGAUAUUCAGGGCCAAGGACAAAACUACAAUGAAAAUGUACACAUGUAAAAAGUUCCUAAAGAAGGAUGGAAGGAAAGUCCGCAAGGCUGCGAAAAACGAGAUCCUCAUUUUAAAGAUGGUGAAGCAUCCCAAUAUUCUCCAGCUGGUGGACGUCUUUGAGACCAAAAAAGAAUACUUCCUUUUCCUUGAACUUGCAACAGGCAGAGAGGUGUUUGACUGGAUCUUGGAUCAAGGCUACUACUCAGAGCGGGACACCAGCAAUGUAGUGCGCCAGGUGUUAGAGGCUGUGGCCUACCUGCACUCCCUGCAUAUUGUUCACAGAAACCUCAAGUUGGAGAAUUUGGUUUACUACAACCGUCUGAAGCACUCUAAAAUAGUCAUCAGUGACUUUCACCUUGCCAAACUGGAGAAUGGACUAAUCAAAGACCCCUGUGGGACACCAGAGUACCUGGCUCCAGAGGUCAUUGGCAGGCAGCGAUACGGCAGGCCUGUGGACUGCUGGGCCACAGGUGUCAUCAUGUACAUACUGCUGUCAGGCAACCCUCCUUUCUAUGAUGAAAGUGAAGACGAUGAUUAUGAAAACCAUGACAAGAACCUUUUCCGAAAGAUCCUGGCAGGCGAUUAUGAGUUUGACUCUCCAUACUGGGAUGACAUUUCUGAUUCAGCUAAGAGUCUUGUUGCUCGUCUGAUGGAGGUGGAUCAAGACCAGAGACUGACAGCUCAGGAGGCUAUAAAUCAUGAGUGGAUCUCUGGCGGUGCAGCUUCAGAUAAGAACAUCAAGGAAAAUGUGUGUGCACAAAUAGAGAAGAACUUUGCCAGAGCUAAAUGGAAGAAAGCUGUGCGGGUCACCACCAUCAUGAAGAGACUGAGAGCACCUGAACAGAGUGACUCAAAGGCAACCAACCCUGCAGCUGGCACCCCAGCAGACGCUGCAGCUCCCCAGACUGCUGCUGCCCCCUCAGAACCUUCUACCGCAGCCCCCGAGGGAACCCCCGCUACAGUCCCUGCCGGAGCAGAGACGAGUCAGCUGGCACCAGAGGCCGGGGCUACAGCAACCGAGCCUGGCGCAGAGGGAGGCAAAGUCCACAUCACGUUGUAAUGGAGAAACUUUUACUGCAGUCACCCAGGCCAAGAGUGAGCAGGGUUAAACCCCCAACCCCACCCCUCCCUCCUUGUGUAACCUCCAAAGUACCCUCCAACUCCUGCACACUGUACAUUAGCUGCUAGAAUGGUGACACUGACUCUGCUUCUCUCUCACUUGCAGCAUUAGUAUCAUCUCAUGGAGGCUGUGUGCUACCUAUCCUGAGUGCCGUCUUGCAUUGGCUUUCUUUUUACUGUGAGUGUACUGUGUCUUCUUUCACUGAUUGUGUUAUAUGUCAGAUUAUACAAACCACACCUAUCUCACACUUUAGUUUUAGGGGCAAAGACAGAUGUCAAGCUGUGGCUUACAGCUGAAGUCUUUGUUUUGAUUCUUCUUUUAGUGAUAAGAGAAUAUAGGAAGACCUGUUUGUGCUGAAAAUGACUUUGAUUUACUUUUAAUGAGCCAAAUUGGGAAACUUCUCUGUGCCAGUUUUACAAUUACAGUAUUUGUUGUUAUAGUCAGUGAAAAAGUUUAGCUUUUCCCUAAAUUUGCACUGUGAUACUCAGAAAAAGCUAGCACUCACACAGAGAAGCUCAUAUAUAGUAUAUUCCCUCCAUAUGGGAAAUAUGGUUAUUUGAACUAUCUGUUAUUGUCUACGCAAACCAGUUAUUGUGAAUUAAAUGAUGCUGAGAUUUGUGCCUGGGAAUUUUAAUGCCCAGUACUAUAGUUUGAACUAGGCAGCUUCACACAUAAGCACACACACAAACACUAUUCUCCCUUGCUAACUUCCUGCUCAGGACAGAACCUCACAGCUGUAAGUGUAAAGAUUGUGUUUAAAGAACUGUGUAGAAGUAGUCAAAAACAGCAUGCAUUCUCACUGUUUGAUGUUCACUUUACAUCUGUAGCCACUUGGUUGAUAAAAAUGCGUCUUAUCGUAGGCAACAGCUCUAGCCACAAGCCAUGUGGACGCUAAUGUUCUCACUGUCUGUUACAACUGCUCAUUGGCACUCGUCCUUUUAAUGUAUGUUAGGGUUGCAGGGUUUUGGGGGAAAACAGUUUUCAUCACAUAGCAGUUCAGUUCUAUGCAUUAAAAUUAAUUUGUAGCUUUUCUUUUGUAGAAACGUCACAGCAUACUUCAUUUUUUUUGUAUUUAAUUUAAACAUGUCUUCAUGUCUUCUGUCUUACUAUGUUCACUCAAAUGCCAUACAUGUCUUAAAAGAAUAGUUCAGGGGUUUUCAAUAUUGGUAAAUCAAUAUUGCUUGGUCUGAGGUGAGGUGGGUGAGGCAUGUGGACUUCUGCUUCUCAAACCUACAGUAAAACACAUUCAGGUCAUCUGGCAGUUGAUUGUCUUCCACAGCAGGGGGUUGGUUUCUGUUGCCAGUUAUGUUUUUCAGGCACCUCCACACAGACCAGGGGCUGUUGGCUGAAAACUGGUUUUUCAGUUUUCGGAGUAGCUCCUCUCAGCUACUCUGAUCUCCCUUGUCAGUGUGUUCUUGGUUUGCCUGUAGAGGAUCCUGUCUCCACUUCUGUAGAUCUCCUCUUUAACAUGGAAAGGAGUAUGUACCUUGCAGAUUUGACAGUUGGAGUAUUUUGGCGGUUUGUGAUUUUGGGAUGCCAGUAAAACCUGCUCCUCUGUUUGGAUUAUAUUUGUGCAUGUGUGACAUUUAAGAGUUGCUCUUUAUUCCUGACUCAUCUGUGAUUCACAUGAAGGAGUACAUGGUUUGUGUCUCCAUUCAUCUGGUGUGUUUUGAAAGGAACAAGCAAUGGACCAAAGCAUCCCACAGAUUUUCACCUGAGAGAACCUGAAACUGUCAAAAUGGACCUAACUACGCUGUUUGCAAAGCUCAAAGAGUUACAUGUAUGUAGAGCCCAUGUCCACAGUAGGAGAAACCGAGGAGCAUGGCUGUGCCAUCACCAGUUGAGCUAAUAUUUGGUUAUAAAUGCCAAAAGAUUGUGCAUUAACUCACCAUAUGCAGCUUUCAAGGGAAAAAUACAUUAUUUUGACUUUGUGGUAACUAGGAUCAUCUUCACCACCAACUCAGCAACCUGCAUUUUACUGAACAAUGUAUGAGAAACAUGUCUGGCAUUUUGGAACCUAUUUAUCUUUAUUUAUCUAUGUGUAUUUUUUUUAUUUUCAUAUAUUUAGCUUCUUUUGUUUUCCCAUUCAUUCAGUCAUUUUUUCUAUUCCAUACACAUUUACUCUUGCUUAUACUUCAUACAGAGUAAUAACAAACAGUCCCUUCUUGUCACUGGUCCCCUCGAGCAUUAAUAAUGAGCUACAGAAUGAGUUCUGUGUAAUCACUCAAGAUAAAAUUGAGCAAUAUUUGACUGGCUGCAGAAACUGUGAUUCCUGAUGUCCUUUUGAUACAGUCCCUGUACCUGUAAGUAAACGUUUGUAGUUCAUGCCAGCUGUCAGUCUUAUCACGGCCACUUAAACACAUGGCUGCUAUCAGAUAAGAGUGUGUGUGUGUGUGCGUGUGUGUGACAAACUAAGGCCAUAUUUGUUCUUCUGGCGUGUGACUCCCCGCAUGAUUUCCUGACCUAACACACACACUUUACCUUAGAUUUUUGUUCUCCGUUCACAUAAAGACAGCAGCCACAUUGUCAGUAUGAAUAGCUGAUUAGUGUAAUAAUUAAAGUUUAAUAUGUCCUGGCUCUUUCACAGCCGCUUUGUCUGAUUUAACCCACUCUGUUGUCGAGAGUAUUUACUGUGCACACCUGUAAAUUUCUCUGAUAAAACGGGGAGAAAACUGAUCACAUUUAUUAUUUAUUGAAUCUUAAGUUUGACUUUGUUGUCACAUUCUUUUAUUUAUAAAUGCAUCUCCUUUUAAUUUGUGCUGAGGUAGACUGGUAGAAAUGCCAACAACGUUCUUACAUUCUUUAAGAUAAAUGCUUAGAUUUUAUUAAGAGGCCUAAUCCGAAAAGAUUUUUAAUGUGAAAAGAUUAUUUUAUGUAAUUCAUUCUCUUUGUUUUGAUGACAAAUUAAACAUGUAUAAAUGAUGCUACACAAUUUAAAGCAGUGCUUUCCCCCCCAAUACAUUUCUCAUUGUUAGUUGUAGUCCAUGUCUGCUCAUUUUGCCAUGCACUUCCAGGUGUAUCUGUAAAUGUGAUGUUUGCCAGGACCGGUGGUCACCUGUAGGUCCUGACUUGCAUUCGUGACCUCUAUACCAUACUCUUUGACUGAAAUGAUGACUUUGAUGGUAAUAAAAUUUAAUUGAUCUGUU